AUGGGAUAUUACGACAACGAAGGCCAAUAUCACUCAUUCCGUAACGGACUUUACCGUGCUGCUGACCACAUUCUCCACCCUAUCCACGGACCUCGUCACCACCACCAGCACCACCAUCACUCCGAGCCUGUUGAAGAAGUCGUUGAAGAACGUGAGACCAUCACCAUGUCUGCUCCUCGUCGUUCCGCUGGCCGCUCUAGCCCUAGCAGCGCCGUCUCGAUCCCGUGCCACCACAUCCGCAUCGGUGACCUGUUGUACCUUCAGGGCCGCCCCUGCCAGGUCAUUCGUAUCACUACCUCUUCUCAGACUGGACAGCAUCGCUACCUUGGUGUCGACCUCUUCACCAAGCAGCUGCAGGAAGAGUCUUCGUUCAUCUCCAACCCUUCGCCAUCAGUGGUAGUCCAGCAGAUGUACGGACCUGUGUUCAAGCAGUACCGUGUUCUUGACAUCCGCGAUGACGGCCACGUUGUUGCCAUGACCGAGACCGGCGAUGUCAAGCAAGGUCUUCCCGUCAUUGACCAGAGCGACUUGUUGCAGCGCCUCACUGAUGCUUUCGACGAGGGUCGUGGCAGUAUCAGAGUUCUGGUUCUCAGUGAUGAAGGUCGUGAGCUUGCUGUCGACUACAGAGUCGUGAACGGUAGCAGACUGUAA